CUGGAAGCCCAUUGAAGACUACAUCGACGGAACUUUUGAACAGUACUUCAAGGAUGAGUGUGGUCUCAAUCGAAAGAACAUUCAGGACAAUCGAGUUCACUGCUGUCUCUACUUUAUCUCUCCCUACGGUCAUGGGUAGGUCCCCUACUCCACUUUUAAUGAAUGCUACUGCAAGCCAUCAAAAACCUUAUGAAUUUUGCAGUCAGGGUCCUUCCCCCCAUUUCGUACCUAGACAAUGUCACCCGUUAGCACUCGACAGGGGCCGGAAUGCGUACUGA